AUGCAGAAGCGUGACAGCGACAUUAUAACCAUGUGGAUCCCGACCCCGAACCUGACCGCCCUGCAAAAGUUCAUCCUCUACGGGACCUGCGUUCUGGCCGUGCUGAAUUCUCUGGGGUUGUUGGUGGUGUUGGUGCAGCAGAAGCAGCAGGGGGCUCAGCUGGCGAAGGUGGACGGGCGUUUGGUGGACGUGGAGCACAGUUCGGUGGUGGAGUUUCUGCAGGAGGUGCCCAGAGGAGCGGAGGGAGUCAGGGCCAGCGCGGCGCAGCACAUGUACUCCAGGAACAAGCGCAGCGGGGUGGAGAAGAGCGGAGAAAUGGCCGGGUACGAGGACUCGCAGCAGGAGGUCAGCCAGGAGGUGGGGGAAGAGGCGCAGGGCAAGAGGACGAAGCAGAAGUAUCACCACGGUUACCACAAAGCUCAUGUGCAAGAGGACACGGUGAUGAUGAUGACGUACUCCAUGGUCCCGAUUAAACUCCUGAUUGACAUUUGCAACAGCUCUAAAGGCGCCUGCAUCGCUGGACCUCCUGGUUUACCCGGUUUGCCUGGUGUGGACGGAAUGCCCGGGUACAACGGCACUGAUGGAAUCCCGGGUCUGAAUGGAACGCCCGGGGCAGAAGGCCGACGAGGCAAAAGAGGGCCCCCCGGAGAGAAGGGUGAAGCCGGGGAACGAGGAGAUCCGGGAGAGCCUGGUCCCCCUGGAGAGGACGGACAACCAUCCAACGAUGUCAUCAUCCAAGGUCCUCCGGGUCCCCCAGGCCCUCCUGGAGCCCCCGGCCCUGCUGGUCCUGCUGGUCCCCCGGGGCCUCAGGGUCCGUCUCGGAUCAGACACAACAGAGCGCACCUGCAGGCUGCACAGACUCUGGUGUCGUCACACGCCCCGAACGACGGGAAACUGCUCGACAAACCAAAGAGAAGUGAGUGUCUGAUCAAGUCCCUGAUAAACCCGAGGGAGGUGGCCCAGACCCACAGCACGUUCGGCUCCUGGAUGAAGGACACGGCUCUGCUACACGACGAGAGGAUCUGGGUCGCUGAGCACUUCUCUGGUCGAGUGGUGAAAGAGUACAAAAGCCUCGGUGCGUUCCAGAACGACACAUACAGCAUUGUGGAUGUGAGAAAGUUCUUCCAGGGCUGCGGUCACAUGGUUCAUAACGGGUCUAUGUACUUCCACAUCGCAGGGACUCCCACCAUCGCCAAAUUUGACUUUGAGACGCGGCGGCUGCACGCGCUCCACGUGGCCCACGCGCUGCACCACAGCCUGGCGUACCUGCUGCAGAACUCCAAGACCUACUUCAAAAUAGCGGCGGACGAGAACGGCUUGUGGCUGAUCUUCGCGUCCAGCAUCGAUGACGUCAUCAUGGUGGGACAGCUGGACCAGAAGAGCUUCUCCAUCUCCUCGUACGUCAACACCACGUACCCGCGCGCCAAAGCCGGGAACGCCUUUGUGGCCUGCGGCGUCCUGUACGUGACCGACACCAAAGACGGCAGGGUUUCCUUCGCCUUCGACCUCCUCAAGGGGAAACCGGUGAACGUGAUCUUUGACCUGCGACCUCCUGGGGGGGUCCUGGCCAUGUUGUCCUACAGCCCCAGAGACAGACACCUCUACAUGUGGGACGACGGCUCCGUGAAGCUCUCCGUGGUGCACUUUAUAUCUGAUGAGUGA